GACGGCGUGGGCUCGCGGGGCGCUCGGGCCCGUGCCCCGGGGGCAGCCAGCGCCGCCCGUCGUCGUGCCAGUGGCCCGCGGGUCGUGUCGUGCUGGGCCUUCCGACAUGGUGGACUACUACGAGGUGCUGGGCGUGCCCCGCCAGGCGACGCCCGAGGCCAUCAAGAAAGCAUACCGCAAGCUGGCGCUCAAGUGGCACCCCGACAAAAACCCUGAGAACAAGGCGGCGGCGGAGAGGCGGUUCAAGCAAGUGGCCCAGGCCUACGAGGUCUUGUCCGACGCCAGAAAGAGGGACGUCUACGACCGGUAUGGCGAGGCGGGAGUGGGGGAGGGCGGCGGCGGCGGCGGCGGGCCCUGCCGCGACCCGUUCGGGUACGUCUUCACCUUCCGCGACCCGGCUGAGGUCUUCAGGGAGUUCUUCCGGGGCCGCGACCCAUUUUCGUUCGACUUCUUCGGAGACCCGCCGGAGAACAUCGUGGGCGGUCGGAGGAGCUCCCGGGGAAUCAGAAGCGGAGGAACCGCGCCCUUCUUCUCGGCCUUCAGUGAAUUUCCAGCCUUUGGGGGUGGUUUUUCUUCUUUUGACACAGGAUUCAGUUCCUUUGGUUCCCUGGGGAGCGGAGGCCUUUCUUCCUUCGCCGUGUCUUGUGGAAGGGGUGGGUCCCGCAACUUCCGGUCCGUGGCGACUUCCGCCGACAUCGUCAGUGGCAAAAACAUCACCACCAAGAGAAUCGUUGAGAAUGGCCAAGAAAGAGUGGAGGUGGAAGAAGACGGAGAGCUGAAGUCCCUGACGAUAAAUGGCCAAGAGCAGCUGCUGCGCGUCGACACCGAGUAGUUCCAGGCCACGUUUGAUUUAGAGCACCCUGUGAGGAAUGGACUUUCUUUUCUUUUCUUUUCUUUUUCUUUUUUUUUUUUGAGGCUUACAAGGGCACUCUACUUUCAGAACAACUGUUCUCAGGAAUUUAUAAACAGUCAUAUGCCAGUGCCUCUUUGUUGUUAUUGUUGGGACUGCACGAAUGGGACCUCUGUUUGUCUUUAAAACUGUUGUAAAUAGCUCUAUGCACUUUGCUAUUUAUUAAACAUAAUCCCGAA